AUGUCUACUUCAUCGGAAUCUUGUUGUGUCGUUAUCGGAUCGGAUUCAUCAUCCGAAUCCGAUGGUAUGUUCCUGCAUAACGCCCUUCAGUGGAUGGAAGACACGACAUCUUCCAACGCGGUUCAAAACCGCCGAACCGUAGAGCGCCAACGCAAAAUUGGUCAUCAAAUUUUACUUAAUGAUUGGUUUGUUGAUGAGCCAAAAUACGAUGACGCUUACUUUCGAAUGGAAAAAAGCACGUUUUUGAAAAUCGUCGACGACAUCGAGGCGAAUUUUCCAUAUUUUAGAGACGGGUUCGAUGCACGUGAGCGAGGCGGUUUCAAACCGCUCCAAAAAGUCGCAUCGGCAGUACGCCAACUCGCAACGGGCAAUCCGCCCGACGAGUACGAUGAGCCUACCCAACACGACGUUGCUCGUAUUUUCCAAGCUCACGAAGAGCGCCAUCACAUGCCGGGGAUGCUUGGUAGCAUCGAUUGUACACAUGUCAAGUGGUUAAAUUGUCCAAGACACUUGAAAGGACAAUAUACGAGAGGCGACCAUGGCGUUCCCACUAUUAUGCUUGAGAUAACCACUUCUCAAGACUUGUGGAUUUGGCAUGCUUAUUUUGGUGCUCUUGGUUCAAACAACGACAUCAACGUGUUGAACCAAUCUGACUUGUAUCACACGGAGCGAAAUGGCACGGCCCCGGAUACUUCAUUCGUCGUUAAUGGUCAAGAGUACAAACGCAGUUAUUAUCUAACCGACGACAUCUACAACAAGUACUCGACGUUUGUUAAAGCAUACCCGUAUCCUACUGACCCGAAGGAGAAAAGAUUCAAGAAGUUACAAGAGGGGACGAGGAAAGAUGUGGAGCGUGCUUUUGGGGUUCUAAAAGGAAAAUGA